AUGAGUGCUAAAUUGAUCGUGCAACAAGAAUCAACCGAAAAACCGAACAAUCGGCCAGCGUCCCCGAGAUCGAGCGAGGAUUCUUUCCGCUCCGCUCUCGAGUGCAUCCCGGAACCUCACGCCAUUCGCCCCGGGAGCCUACUCCAGCAGUUCGAUCACAUGCUCGGCGUCAUCUGGCAUUGCUUCGAUACGUUCAGGCAGCGAUUUUUUGCGUCGAUUUCCACCGAAAGCAUCGGUUGGGCGUUGGAUUUCCUCGAGUCCACCUACAGCCAACAGACGGAUGAGCUGCACUUUGUCAUGGCGUACCUGAGGUGCGUACAGUCACUGGUUCAACUCGCCUACGGUAAGUUUACAGCGAAGACGAGACCGACUGAUAGCGAUGGGAAGCUUCAGCAAAGCAGUGGAACCAGUUGCGACCGAGAGGAACCGUUGCGCGAACCAUCGCGCCAAGAAAUGGAUGUGGUUCCGUUCGAGGAACUAAUCGAGGAGUUGCUUAGGUUAUACGCCUUGUUGGCCCGUUAUAAGAUAGAGCUACACCGUAGUCGAGUCAUCGAUCAGAAGCAGCUGAAGGAAAUAGAAUGCCUGCUGGAGGAACUUGACGAUAGUCUAACUAUGAAUGAUUCUAGUCUUGUCCAAUAA